GCCAAGGUGGCGCCACACCAGAAUCUGUCGACUUGUGACUUGACCAUAGCCCCCAAACAACACCACAUCGCAUCUGCAAUCUCGUGAUUGUUCGUACUAGUGAUAUUUUUCGCAUGCAACGUAAGGAGACAACACUUUUUCUAUCUUAACUUUCCUAUAUAAGACCCUCAGCUAUGGCGAUGCUUCAGCCUACUUCUUCCCAUCACCAGCACAAACCACAAGCACAUCGAAAGCCAAUCGGUUCAACUACCCACCACUCAUCGACAUCAACAUCAGAAUUUCGGUUCGACCAAAUCCAAACAUCCAAUCAAUGACGGGCCACGAAGAUCAAAAGCACGCUGGCUCAUGCUUGGGCCACUGCCGAGCCCAACGACUCGCCAUGGACUACUACUGCUCUGAGCAGUACGAGAAGGAGAAGGCUGCUAUCACAUCCUACGAGGAAGGCUGGGACCGCUGGGACGGGCCUGUCUGGCCAUGGCGACAUACGAACCAACUCGAAGUCCAAGAGGAGCACUGGCAAGGGUGCUGCUGCGAGGAGGAGCACGAGGAAACAGCAGAAGCACUGCCAAAGCCGAGCGAUGCUCAGCAGCAUGUGCGAUCGUCGAGUUCCGCCAGCAACAGCAGCGCAAGUACUGUGAGCUCAGGGCUCUGGAAUCUCAGGGCCCGGUCGCCAUGCUCGGUAUGUGGAAGAACAGGAGCGCCGCCCCAUCUUUGAAUGGAGUUAGCUUCGAAUUUCUCCUCUUCGCGUCAUCGUCGGCGGUCAAAGCCCGACGUUCAGGGCAUCAACCGGCUAGAUUGGGAUAAUGGCGUUUUGGGACAUCAUAGUCAUGUGCGGUCAUGGCUGGAGAAGAUUAGAUAUUAGAAUUAAUGGGUCACCGUACCUUCAUGCCUUUUAGAAUU